AUGGCACAAUCACAGGAUGUGAUUGAGCUCAUCACUGAUGAGAAGAAAUUCAGCUGUGAACUGAGGACGCCAGGGACCAUGUACGUUGAUGAACUUGCAAAGUAUGAUCAUAUGCUUCUGACCACAAAUGAGAUGGAGUUUCAGGUUGAUUGGGCGCGCACUCAGCUGAUUCUCUCCUCCCAGCUCGCGGCUGUCAUGGGCAACUGA